CUUACCCAACGAGGUCAAAAUGGCGGCUUGCUGCAUGUGAAAGGGUCGAGACGGGAGCCGGGUUUAUGACUCAGGAACAUGUAUAAAUCACCAUGUAGGAGACUUUCAGGUUUGGUCGGUGCUAGUGUCAAACAGAAACUACUUCAAAAUGUUCCUCGAUGUAACCAGAGUGCUCGCAGCCUCAUUCGGUUGUACAGAGGAGAUCCCUCAAAGUGGCUAACGUACCAGCAUCUCAACUUCUUGAAACGCCAGUAUGUUACAAAGAACAACAGCGAACUCCAUCAACGCGCCAUCCCAAAACAGGCUCCUCUUGUGACCAUUGUGGAUGAGGGAGAUGAUAGUGUUGAGAGGCAGGUCCAGAGAAUACCAACUAUAGCUCCUGAGCAAGAAGAUCUGACUGUAUCCACCGUAGAUGCUAUAACAAGAGAUGCAACAUUACAGGAAACCUCCACAACGGUUGGAUCAACAAGUGAAACUCCCCAUGUGCAAGUGGAAACAGAGCACACGAAGGCGGCACGUCUGGAAAGACAGUGGAAACAGCUGAAGGUUGAAAUAGCUGACUUACCGGAUAUCUAUGCCAGACUGGCCAAAAUUAAGCUAACAGCACUGGUGGUUAUGACUGCAGCAGCCGGGUAUGCCAUGGCUCCGGUACCUUUUGACCCAGCCAUCUUCUUUGUGUCGUCUUUGGGAACAGGCCUUGCCUCUUGUACUGCAAAUUCAAUAAACCAGUACUUUGAGGUGCCCUUUGACUCCAACAUGAACCGCACCAAGAAUCGUCCACUCGUCAGAGGACAGAUCAGCCCCCUCCACGCUGUGUCCUUUGCUCUGGCCUGUGGAGUUCCCGGCGUCACCCUGCUCACUCUGGCUGUGAACCCGUUGACCGGCGUCCUGGGUGCCCUCAACAUCUUCCUGUACACCUGCUGCUACACGCCACUCAAGCGGCUGAGCAUCACCAACACCUGGGUGGGGGCGGUGGUGGGUGCUAUCCCCCCAAUAAUGGGCUGGACGGCAGCUACGGGUGCUCUGGAACCAGGUGCUCUGUUGCUGGGUGCCUUCCUGUACAGCUGGCAGUUCCCCCACUUCAACGCCCUCAGCUGGAACUUGAGGGAGGACUACUCCAGAGGAGGCUACCGCAUGAUGUCUGUCACCCACCCGGGCUUGUGUAAACGCGUGGCCCUGCGCCACAGCCUGGGUCUGAUCGGCCUGUCCACGCUGGCGCCCGCGCUGGACGUCACCACCUGGACUUUCCCCGUCAUCUCCUUACCCAUCAACCUGUACAUCAGCUACCUGGCGUUCCGCUUCUACCGCCGGGGGGACCGCAGCAGCGCCCGCAAGCUGUUCUUCUGCAGCCUGUGGCACCUGCCCAUGCUGCUGCUGCUGGCACUCACAUGUAAAAAGCCUCGCAGGGAUCAGGAGACCCCCGCUCUACCUCCGGCUGCCUCUGCGCUCGCUCUGCAAAGCUAGCUCCUGUCCAAGUCCGUCAACAGAAUCAGACCUCUGAGAGUCUCCCUCUGGUGCUCGUCGGACACAUUGUGUAACCUGUGUUUGAUCGAAACUCACCGCAGUCCCAAAAACGAGCUGGAAUUGUCGUGGAUCAAAAAUUACAGAAAACACUGAAUUAUUACAGGAGGUUGUAGUCAUUUCGAAGUGUGUGCGUCCUGUAUAUAUACUGUAUUUAUUUAUCGAGCUCACCAACAGAUCCUCUAUGUUGUACAUUACUGAUAUUAAGUAACAAUGUACAGUGUUAAUUGCUCCUAUGGAUUCACAGAUUCGCCACUGCAUUGUAUAAAUGCAAAAUAAAAUAAGGCUUUUCUUUAUGUAAAUCAAAGGAUUUAUGUUUAUUUUUCAAUGACUUGAAAAUAGGAAGGAUGUAAGCAGCUGCGAGUCUGCACUGGACAUUCACUGGACCCCAGUAAGUCGACAGUCAGUAAGCCUCAGUGUACUUUGCUCUGAUGUGUCCUUAUUCAUUUACAUAACGCUUGAAUUCAACACGGUUUGCCGGCACAAAAACAAAGAGAACCAUUCCCUCUGUAAGAAACACAAGGGCAUAUGUUCUCUGACAAUAAACAUAUUCUGCUUCUA